GGUCGUUUUCCCCUCUCUGCAUCAUCAUCUCCCCCUCCUCUUUGACCACAUCCCACAUCAUAUAACCUAAUCGCAUCAUCAUCAUCUUCUUCUUCUUCUUCAUAACUUUUAGGGAUCUUCGCUCACCCUUGCGACCAACAACGACCUUCCUUACUUAAGUUACCUUGGUCAUCAAUUCUUCCGAUAUUCCACAAAAAAACCUUCUUGGAGGGGGAAAUUGUUUCCUAGAACUGACACCAAAAGUCCACUUUUUGAUCAAUCUUCAUCCAAUCCAGUCCAGUCCAACAGCAUUGAGAAAAAUCUAAAAAUCUACGACUGGAUGAGAAGAUUCAUAAAAUCAUUUCGAUCCAUCCGAGGCGCCAACACCCCAGAACUGAAAAACGCCCUGGCCAGUUGGCUACAUCUGAACCACUACUGCCACUGCCACUACCACUACCACCACCACUACCACCACCACCUUUGAAGACGUGCAGACAGAAGGACCACCGCGCAUCCAAUCGAUAGUUGAUCCCAGAUCAGGCCCAUUACUGUCACACUUCUCAACUUCUCAGUACCACCCCCGAAGAAGCCACAGAUCAAUCGUCACACCUUUUCACUCCCGUUCACUGACUGUCCUAUCCUUCAUCAUAUCGUCGGAAGAACGGACAACAACCACACAUUAUCUCUUGCGCAUCGUCGCCACAGUGUUACAUCCAAUGCAUCCGGAAAGAGAUAGCUGAUUGUUCUGUGAAUAUCGUCGCUAGCUAACGACAUCUUACUUUGCAUGCCGUCCCACGAUUGGAGUAAAUCUUAUUACCCCUACACUGCCCUGCUUUCCGUGCAUGUUGUCCCUACGUCCCUACUCGAGGAACUCUAUCGACUAUUUACUUUGGUAGGUGGAAGUAUCAGCCAGAAUCAAUCUCUGCAGACUUUGGAUUCAUUUCAUCGCAAACGCAAAGGAGAUACCCAAGAGAGCUUUCACGUUUCAACGAGUCUCAACCUUAUCUGCGUACCUGGGACGGACGAUCUACUCUCGACUAUCAACGAUCUACGACCAUCUACUAUCUACCAUCUUGCCCGACCUUUCCUCUUUGGCUUCUAUCAACGUAUCAAGCAGAUUGUUCUGGCGAUAGAAAGAAGGAUCACACGGUCAUACCAAGGCUUACCUGAGCACACAGACCUUUCCAGGUCUACCUAGGUACCCAUCCCAUACCACGCCAUACCAUCGAAGCAUAGCUCCACGCCGGUCUCUGUGAACAAGGGCAUAGCAUACACACAUCGCAUACUUUCGGGCCACUUCCUUGCUUCCACACCAUAACCUUCUUUUUCUCGUGCUCGGCAUAUCGCCGUCUUACAAGUUGCAAUUCCCAUCCUUUUUACUCUCCCCACUCAGCCCUUUGCACAAUUCGAUCUGUCUCUUCCAUCACCUUACCUUGCCUUACCUCCCUUUGCUUGUUCGACCUGCGCCUGAUUCCGUUCUCGUCCUGCUAUUCGCUGCUGCACAGUCUAUCUAUCUAUCCCCACACAAAGCAACGACAUCUCGACACAUCUGCAUCUCGUCUCGUAUCAUCUUCCACUUCAACUCGACCACCACCAUCGUGCAAUACCAUCAAAAGCGUCAGUCGCACUUUUCGAUUCUACCCCUUCACCCGCCACACACGGUACCGCUAUCUUUUUCGCAAUCAAUUUGAUUUUAGUGGUAGCGAUCCAGACCACCUGCCCUUGCGUCCUCGCUUUUCCAAACUUGGAAUCCACCGUAAUCUCGCUCCACAAUCCGAUCCGUCGUCGAUCCUGGACAGCACACACUGAGCACCACCCACUCCCGCGUUUAACACAUAUCAAUACCUAUUCAGGAAUACCACAUUAUCAUCAGAUCACGCGUUGAUUGAAAGAGAUCACAUCGACUUAUCAGCGCGUCGUCGACUGCUCACAAUGUCUUCGUCGCGUUACACGCAGCAGCCGCUGCAAAUAUAUCAGGAUCCUGUCACAUCCUAUGACAGUGCGCCAAUGCCGUCGACGAAAAAUUCUUCAAAUCAAAAAAAGUCGUCGCCCUUGAGAACGAUCAAGAACGGUUCGAAGCGGAACGUCAUCUUCAACCCACCUCAGAAUGGACCUAGCAAACGCUCACCGCUGAAAGCGCAUAGCCAAAUGUCAAGUUCGCCCUCGAGAGCACCAUUCGGCAAUAAAUUAAACAUGGUGCCAAUGCCGCCGCCUUCGGGAUCACGACACAAUACCGAUUCGAUUGCGAAAAAACAGCCCUUUCAAACCAAGUAUAAGAGUGCCCCGCAAAAGGCGCUAUUUACCACGUUCAUGAACACUCAACCUCAAGGAAAAGAAAAUUAUCCACAUCCUAUGUAUCCAUCAAAGUCACAACCUCAUUUUCGCGACGAUUUCUCGAGUAGCAACUUCUCCUUGGAAGGAUUGUAUGGUCAAAAACCGUCGUUAAAGCGUUCGUUGAUGGAAGCUGCACCCAUUCAGGAAGCGAAGGUUCAAGGCAAAUCAAAAGCAGAGGAGGGAAAUGAUGCAUCAGGACCUCGAGAACUGCCGGAACCAGAUUCAUUUCCAGCCAUUCACGAUGACGGCUUCAAGCCUUCGCAUAGUUAUGCUCAGUUGAUUGGCAUGUCGAUUUUGAGAGCUCCGAAACGACGCCUGACUCUCGCGCAAAUUUACAAGUGGAUAUCCGAUAACUACACCUUUUACAACGCAGCAGACGCUGGCUGGCAAAAUAGCAUUCGUCACAAUCUCAGUCUCAACAAGGCUUUCGUAAAACAGGAGCGGCCAAAGGAUGAUCCAGGAAAGGGCAAUUAUUGGGCAAUUCAAUCAGGAAUGGAAUAUCAGUUUAUCAAAGAGAAGACUACACGAAAACCUGCAGGUCCAAACGAGAAUCUACCGGUAUUGAAUACAGCACUCACACCUGUCGAUCCACCAGUGCUUACGCCACCCACGCCAAUGUUUAAGGAUUUGCCAUCGUCUAGUCAAGAUGUAUCGUUACCAAAGGCAACGUAUAAACUACCAGAAAAAGAACUCCCUUCCAUACCGGAAUUGUCUUCAGACGCUACCAUUCCUGCAUCGGAAUUUAAUCAAGAUGCGGAAGAGGAGGAUGACGACGAUGCUCCUCCAUCUUCUCCACACAUUCAAUCAUCUCCGCCAACACGAAUGAUGCAUUCUUCUCCUCCCGUAGCUCGCCAUGCACCUAGACGAAAUCAUACGCCACCUCCUGUUCCACGCUUUCCAUCUUCAUCACAGUCUAGAUCACACAAACGAAAGUUUGCGUCCAUGGAUGAUAGUGGGUACUUUUCAUCACUUGAAUCUUCAGCGAUUAGACCAAAUGGCGUCAGUCGAUUGCUAACAUCUGAAGCUGAUCGGCCGAGGAUUAAGCGCGGCCGAGCUGAGGAGGAAAUCGCUCGUCUUCGUGGUUCUUCGUACGAUAGCCCUAGCAAAGGCAGGUCGUUAAGUGGAUUUGUUCCACCGUCCUCCUCUCCACUGCGUCGAACUCACCCACAUGACAACUAUCAAAUGUUGCCACCUCUUACUCCUGCUGUCAAGUUGAAGGCUCCUAUGAAACCACCGCCAUCGAUAUCUCCAAACACAAACCUUCGUAUGCAUCGUGACAAAGUUAGGGAACUCGUUGGCUCUCCAAUCCGUGGUUUGACUGUUCUCGAGGAUAGCGCAUGGAGUCCGGCUUUCAAUCUUGACCAUAACUCCUAUAUGUUUGCGGAUUACGUCCCGGACUUUGAUAUAUUCCAAGAUUCUACAGCAUCCUACCCUGGAUCAAGUAAUGGAUCACCAGGAAAGCGUUCAGUUAAGAAACCUCGCAUGGAUCGAUCAAGAUCUGCAAACAUUUUGUCCGAUGUGACUAAUUCUAACUUGAACAAGAGCGUCACCUCCACACCGGUGCUCAAACUUACACCUGCAUUGGGUGGACCUUCAACCUUUCUCUCCCCCAAAAAAGGAAGUUUAAACUUCAUGGAUUCUCCAUGCAAGCCAAAUAAUAACUCGCCUCUAAAAUUCGAUUCGCCAACCUUGAAUCUUGGUAAUUUUGAUCUUCCCCAUGAUGAUUUCUUCAACUCGGAGUUCCUCACUGAAGAUCUAUCGGACUAUGCUGGAUUCGAUAUUACACAGCGCUUUCCAAAGAUUGGUUCAGGAACUCAACAGCAACAAUCUAGGAAUACAUCGAAGAAUCAACCACCUCGACCAUCAAUGGGUCGAAGUUCUACCACACGCUUUUAAGCUGGAUACGUAAACAAUAGUGUAUUAGAUGCACACAUGAUGACUUAAUGAACUUUACGACAUUAUGACAUUUGAGCUGUCAACUUCUGUUCUUCUUUCUUGACGGGGGUGGAAGAGGUUGAUAUUUUGCUCAGGAGAUUCGAUAGGAUAUUGACAGAGUCUGGAAAAGCCUCGCGACUUUUUGUUGAUGAUAAUGAUGUUUGGGUACAUAUUUAUUUUGAUCAAGGGGUCUCUAUUUCUCAUUUUUGUUUUUGUUUUUGUUUUGCUUUUGCGUUUGUCUGCGUUUUUGCGUUGCUAUUUAGGGAAUUGGGAAAUAAGUGUGGUUGGACUCUUUCUGCGUCUGCGUUUGGAGUAGCUACUGGGCAAUUAAGGGUGGGCGGUAUUUUCCGGUCUUGGUUUGUUUUAUCUGUCAUUUCAACUGGACCUAUACCUGGAUCUGGAUUUCUCAUAUUGCAUGGCGCUGUAGGGAGGUAUUUCACUCUGAUCUCUAUGAUAGGGUUUGCAUGUGGAUAUGGAUAUGGAUAUGGAUGGACGGAUAUUUGGGAAGGCAGGCAGGACAAACGGAUGGAUGGAUGAAUAGGAAUGAGGUUAUAGAUGGAGAAGUUACGUGAAUUCUUACAGUGGUGAGAGAUCAGUGAUGAUUAAGUCUACUCGUUUUCAGACGAGAAUCAUUCAUUACAAUGAGCGAUUGAAGGAUUCGUGGAAACGGCAAUUCUUAGUACAUAUAUGAACAUGUUUAAGCCCA